UCGACACAACGAUCUGUUUCGUGUAUCUUGCACAAAAUCUUAAGUGUUAAGCUCAGCUCCGGAUCAUUCUCUCCGAUUAAUCUUUCGCUCUUUUGAUUUCAUGGUGAAUCCGUUCGCCUUCACUCUCUCCGCGUAACCCCUAGCUGUAUCUGAAACCCUAACUCGUUGUUGCGUUUGAAUACUAUCGAGCUCGUAGUCCGUCCCCUUUUCGGAGCAUUCUUUGAUUGGUGUGCUGAAGCGGUUUAGUUUCUGAUCGGGUUAGCUUUUUUUGAGUUUGAACAGUCUGAGGCUGCAAUGAGUAUUCAACCUAUUCAGUCGGAAACUUCAUCAAAUGGGGAGCAAGCAUUCAAUGGGGAAGCUGGAAGCUUAAAGAGGAAUUCACAAGAUCGAUUAGUGUACCUCACGACAUGUGAGAUCGGGCAUCCUGUGGAAGUGCAUCUAAAAAAUGGAUCGAUGUAUAGUGGUAUAUUUCAUGCUGCUGAUGUAGAGAAGGAUUAUGGAAUCAUUCUAAAGAUGGCAUCCUUGAUUAAAGAAGGUACUUUACGAGGCCAUAAAUCCCGUUCCGAGUUUGUCAGAAAGCCGCCGUCCAAGACAUUCAUUAUUCCUGCAGAUGAACUUGUGCAAGUUGUAGCUAAGGAUCUAUCUGUAUCCUGGAAUGGCAUGUCAAAUGCAGUUCAGAGUGAGAAGCCGGGGGAGCUGUUGACAGACUCUUCUAUAUCACAGUCUUAUCAUGUUGAUAGGGAAAGACAGCUGAAACCCUGGGUACCUGAUGAGAGUGUUCCACAGCGUGCAGAUUUGGAGAAUGUGUUUGAUAGCCCUUGGAAUAGGAAAUGGAAUCAGUUUGAGGCGAAUGAGUCACUGUUUGGAGUAAAAAGCACUUUCGACGAAGAACUCUAUACCACAAAACUUGAGAGAGGGGCUCAGAGUAAAGAGUUGGAAGAGCAAGCCCGGAGGAUUGCGAACGAGAUUGAGGGUGAGACUACCCGAGAUCUUCAUGUAGCAGAGGCCUUCAGUUUAGUGUGAAAUCUGAUUUUGACGAGGAAGCCAGAUACUCAUCUGUCCGUCGAGUUACUGGAUUAGAUGAUAGUGGGUUGGGCGAGGAGGACAACGAACUGCUGGAUAUUAUGACUUUUGGUAGUUUAACUAUUUCUGAAUCCCAGGAGCUAGUUUCUGGUGGCAAGAAGGGUUGUAAAGAAUCAUGGGGUGACAUUCAGUCUUCGCGGGAUAAUACAAAUGUAGAUCAAAGCUGCUCGACCUCUAAGCAGCAAUCCAAAGAUCGUGGAUUAGAUGAUAGUGGGUUGGGUGAGGAGGACAACGUACUGCCGGAUAUUAUGACUUUUGGUAGUUUAACUAUUUCUGAAUCCCUGGAGCUAGUUUCUGGUGGCAAGAAGGGUUGUGAAGAAUCAUGGGGUGACAGUCAGUCUUCGCGGGAUAAUAGAAAUGUAGAUCAAAGCUGCUCGACCUCUAAACAGCAAUCCAAAGAUCUACCUGCCGCAGGAAGCAGUAUCAGUGAGAGCCAGCUAGAUGAGCGAAGAAGAACCAACAAUGAUCAAGAGGUUUCACACAAUAACAGAUCAGCUGAGGAAUCAACUUCUGGCCAUGGAGAUAUCAACGAAAGUGUAAAAAUUGGUGGUGGUGCAACAUCGGCGUCGAAGGCUGUUACUGAAAGAGAAAGUCAAGUCAGUCAAGGUUCUGGUCAAACAAAAUCUGAAAGCUCUUUUGGGCAGUCGGCUUCUAGAAGUUCAGAAAGCCGCCCAGUUCCUUCAACAUCAAGUCGUCCUGGGCUAUCACCAAGCUCAUCAAUUGGUUCUAUGACCUCAUCAGAAAAGUCCACACUUAAUCCGAAUGCAAAGGAAUUCAAAUUCAAUCCAAAAGCGAAGAGUUUCAAUCCAGCACAACCAGCUGCUGCGAGACCUCAAGCUCCAAUCCCAGAUGACUCAUUCUACUACCCUGGUCCUAAUCAUGUUGCUCCUGUUCAGCAGAUGCCUGGAAUGCCGCCUGUUAAUUACGGAGUCCCGCCAUAUCCUGGCAACCAACCACCGAUGAUGAUGUAUCAUCCUCAAGCCUAUUAUCAUCAUCCAGGCGGACAACCCCAGUACCCGCAGCAGCAAAUGGUGCCUGGUCAGCAGCAGCAAAUGAUACCUGGUCAGCAGCAGCCUAGGCCAGUGUAUUACACGUACCAGCAGCCUCCUCCUUACCAGCAGGACAUGCAAUAUCCUCCUAAUCAAGGACGAGAGUAAUGAGUACCAGAUGGUGAUGAUGCUGUUUUUUUUUUUCGGUGAAGGGAGGACGUGAACGAACCCUCUAGUUUUAUUCACGCUCUUCUUUCUUCUCUCUCCCUUGUUCAAUUACUGAAACCAUUUUUUUUUUUUUUUUUAGAUUCCACUUUAUCUGGUUUUGAUAUUUCGUGCUGAAAAAAAAGCAAAAAGUGAAAAAGAUCCACCUGUAGUCUGUACUGAGUGUACUCUCUGCAUUUUUGUUAUGUAUCAGAGAUAAGAGUUUAGGUUUUUCUCUCGUGUGUCUUCUUCA